AGGGCUAAUGUGCUUCUACACCCCCAACUGCUGCGCUGACAUACCUUGUAUGCUUCAGACCACGCUUGCAUUAGACCAAGUUACUCCAAGAGGGAGAUACAGUAGUAACUCGGUGGAAAUGGAUGCUGCUUGCCUUUGACAGUUAAGAAUCAAAGUUUAGGAAAGGAAACAUGCCUUUCAAAAACACUUUCCUCCAACAGGUCCCAGUGCUUUACAUCCCCUGUUGUGUCCAAAGUUUGUCACAAAGCUUGUUGCAGCUCAUGGUGACUAGAGUUCAUGUGUCACCUACAAAAUAGUUUGAAGUCACAGGUCACUACAUGUGGGGUGUUUGUCCUCCCCACCUGUCACUCUGUUAUGACAUGUCCAAAAUUGCUUCAAAUUAUGGGUAUUUCCAAAAGACUGGAGGUCGGUGUUACCAUGUUAGUGAAAGUUAGAAGCAAGGUGAAGGUGUAAGCAAUGUCAAAAAAAGUAAUUCUCUCGGGCAGUGAGGCAAGAGAUCAGUUUCCCCCACCAGCCUGGGGGUGAGGUGAGAUCUAAUUAAAUUUCAGUGUCACUGUUCCUAGUCAAUAGGUUUUCGUUCUGCUGUAAGCCACCUGACUAGGAUGAGGUGUCUCGUGUUCCAUGACCACCUUGUGCCAUAGCAGUGAAUAUGCUGUUGCUAUAGUAAUGAGUAUGACAUCAAAAUGUGGUCUUCCAGCUUGUAAGAGGGGUUGCACAGUUAGCAGUGUGUACAUCAGUACUGACUUGCAGUUUGGUGCAUGGAUGGUAGAAGUAAUGAUCAGAAGGUAAACACCUCCACCUUGGUGAUGCUUAAAUGUUGAAAGCUAUGAGGAUGACAUUUCAGUCUGCUUUGGGUAAUUUCUUAUAAGGUCUCACUGGCAAAAAAUUGAGUAGCAUUGUACCAAAACUAAGGACUUAAAAUCACGUGGAUUUUAAGGUACAUGUGUCUUGUGACUAAAAUCUGUUUUACAAGAUCUCUUGCAAUGUGUAAAAAAAUUGUGAAAAUAUCUUCCAGUUAGUAUGUUGAGAUCUAGACUUUAUAGUGACAAAAAAUGCUAGAGGCAGACUUUUCCAGUUUGUCACUGAACUGAAGGCUCAAGUCUUACACUCAAGUCUUUACCUCCCUUGAAAACUAAUUCAUCUGUUCGUUAGAGAAAAAUUCAGGUGAAACUUGUGGGUUAUCUCCAGUAUUUCUUGCUGUGAGAAUGUAUUGGUGUUUUGAGUCGUUUCCUGCCACUACGCUGAGGAGUCAUGCACAAAGGACACAGCGGCAGUGGGUUUUGCUUUGGCACAGUGCGGAGCUCCCCUCAUUGGCCACCUUUUUACUGAAAUACAUUUUAGGAAAUAAGGAUGCUGUUAUCAAAAGUUCUCUUGCUAAGCUGCCUGUAGUAGCAGUUCACGGUCUUUGUUUUCUCGCAUUUUGUACUGUUUUUAACAGUAAAUAAAAGUGUCACAGAGCACCACAGUGGAGUUUAGGAAUGGCUGGGUGCCCUAAUAAUAACUUCACUUUUUUUCAGGGCUCUUUGACCCUAUGGUGAGGCUCACGGUACAGUACUGGCUGGGGCUUACAAGUUCAUUUCUUCUAAGCAGAAAUGCAUGACAAAGUUCACUGAAGAGUUGGGUACUGAUAUUAAAACAUGUUCUGCCGUAUUGGAGCUGCAGAGCAGUGGAGCAAACAGCUCUUAAUAAGUGGUUACAAUAAAACUUGGCACAGCUUCGUGUUAUGCUUCUAACAUCCUGGUUGAGAGCUUACACUGCUGACGAUUGGAGGUUUCAUUGAAGUUCAUGAGAACAUUUUCCUAUCGACAGUAGUCUUUUUGGAAUCAUGCCAGCGUUAAGGCAUUGGGAUACCAAAUUCAGAAGUACUUGAUUCUGCUGCUCUCUCUGGAAGGAAACUACUCUGUACGUGGAGAGCACAUUUACUAUGUAUAUGGAUUUUUGAACCUUAGGAGAUGAAGUGCUGGUGCCCCUGUUGCUCUAGUGAAAGUUGUGUUGUACAGUCUUAAUUUUGGAUGGCAGCAGAGAAGAAAAAUGGCUUUCAUUGUUGUAGAAAUUGUAACAAUUGGAACUUGGUAGAUUUCCAAAUGUAACAAGGAAAGGAGCAGAAAAAAUACAUGGGUGGUGAUGAAUGAGGGGAAACUGGAUUCAUUUUUUAAAUAAAAAAUCCAUCUAAAAUGUGCUAUUGAUAGCCCACAUACAUAAACAGUUACUAUAGCAUUCGUGGCUAAUGAUGUGUCUUGCCGAAGAAGAGUUUUUUCCAGUAUUUUGCAUUCAUUUACAGCUAACUAUGAAAUGUUCUUUUUUUUUCACAUUCCUAAUUUGUAUUUGGAGGUCUUGACAGUAGAAACUUUGGCAAAUGGAUCAUUUCAGAUGGUCUUCUGCCUGACCUGUCUAUUUGCUUAAUAGUGAGAGCACCCUAAACAAAGAGUGAUGUGAAUUGCUCUUGUUUAAAUGUUCUUUAUCUUCAACAAAGAAAACCUUACCUAGAAAAAUUCUGAAAAAGUCAUAUUGGACAAUGAAAAGUGAUUAUGGACAAAGAUUUGGUUUUGUGCUAGCAAAUUGUAUAAAACAUUGUAUUUUUUUAAGUUAAGGCUAAAAAUAAAGAACUCGUGAAUAAAACUCCAAAGUAUGGCUGGUCCGAGGAGGAGCAGAUGUAAUUGUAUCAGAGGAGCAUUCAGUAUCCGUAGCAGCAGCAGUGUGAAGAGGAGACGGAGAUGCGCGUUCUUUUGUACCAAGUUUUUAGAUACUUACUGUGGUUGGUCAGAAGAUGGAUCGCUUCAUGCAGACUGCAGUAUGAAUUUCACUAGUGGUAAACAUCAGAAAGGGAUUAAACCUCUACUGAUGCACAUGCCGGAGGCAGUAGAUUUGGGAGAUGUUUCCCAUUUAGAAGAUCCACAACUUAUUCUUACACCUGGAAUCUCAGUCCUGCCAGUUACAGAGUCCCACAGUGAUACUUACAUGGAACUGGAAGAUGAUUUUCAAACACCAGUGGAAAUAAUUGGUAAGGAGACAGCUGCUUUUCCAUCAAAAUCAGUGGAACUGUAUGAACUGCCUCAGAAAUCUGGAACUACUGCAGAGUCCGAAUGGCUCCGGGUACCUGAAUGCCCUUCACCCAUGGAGAUCGAGCCUUCAAGAUCUGUGGGAUUUCUGGAGAACUCUAUCACAGCUGUUCUGCUACCAGAGUGGGACAGUGACAUGUGUAUUGAACAAAGAGCAAAUGUUUCCGAUUCUAGAAUGCACUGGUGAAAAAUUAAGGAAAAAGACCUUCAUGUGCCCUAAAGUAAGGAUGGCAAUAAUAAUAAUAAUAUUCACAAUACUUGGUCCUGUCAUUAAUAUACUGUGAAAUUUCUGAAGUUAUGCUAAGGUUCCUUUAUGCAGUGGUUGAAGUUGUGUAGUAGAAUUAAAGCUGUUACAGAUAGGGCUGGGUCCUGCUUACUUCAUGAAAGCCCGUGGUAGAUCCGUGCUGAAUCUAAGCAAUUAUAAUUAAGGGACCUGAAAAGUUUAGAUGAUUAAGAAGGACAAAGUCCUUCUCACUGUCCCAAUUAUUGCUGUCUGUCUUAGGAUCUUAAAAGAAGCGCUGGUUGAUGGGGUUGGAAAGGCAAGGCUUCUGAGAAGAGCCACCCCCUCCUUCAGACUUCCUGUUUUCUUUCUGGGGAAACAGGAGCUCAGGUUCAGCUAGAUAUGGAAAUACUGCCUUUUUUUUUUUCUUUUUUUUAAUUAAGUGUAACAGAGUGGAUGAUGUGUUGUUUUAUGGCUGGGAUAUUCUUGUUGCCUUCUCUUGCAGGAUGUUACUGAGGCACAUCCUUAUAGUGUGCUGACUAUUGCUCAUUUUCUUCAGGUUCUUCAGUGGAUGAGCUACACAGUUUGCCAUGCUAAUCCCUUCUGGAGUUAAUAAUUUAAAUGCAUUUGCUAUGUUUUAUCAGUUUGGAACAAUAUGCUUGAUCUUAGUCAUUUUCUAAAAGUGUAGGUACUAGUUUUGGUCAGAGCUUAUGUAGAUUGAGGCAGAUCUGAAAAUGAAACAUUAAGAAAUUAGGAAA